AUGCGUUCUCACCUUUUGUCGCUGUGCGCUUUCAGCGCCACAUUAAUUAGUGCCGCUCCCUCCGGCCUCGGCUGUUAUGACGAGUCCGCCUUCAAACCCGAGGACAUCAUCCAACGCGACGUUCUCGUUAUCGGAGGUGGAGCUACCGGAACCUACGCCGCCGUCCGUCUUCGGGACCAGAACAAGACCGUCGCCGUCGUAGAGCGCGCCGACAAACUCGGAGGCCACGUUAACACCUUCCGCGACCCCGCGACCGGCGCACCUAUCGAUUACGGCGUACAGGCAUUCAUUCAGAAUGACCAGACAACACAGUUCUUCGAGCGCUUCAACGUCCAGCUGAACGCCUCCGCUCUGUCUCCUUUCCCGAGCAAGAUUGUCGACUUCAAGACCGGUUUCGUCGUCCCCAACGCCACGGCCGUCGACCCCAAUACCCUCGUCGGGCCCCUGGCGAACUACCUUUUCGCCACUCUCAACUUUGACUUCUUGGCUGAAGGCGCCUACGAUAUCCCCGAGAACGUUCCUGAGGAUCUUCUUCUGCCCUUUGGCCAAUUCGUCCAGAAGUACAACCUGACCGAGGUUGUCCAAGUCGUCUGGAUCUUCGCCCACGGUGUUGGCAACCUUCUCGAGACCCCAACUCUGUAUGUCUUGCAGAACUUUGGCCAGCCCCAUCUCCUCGGUCUCUCCAGCGGCUACCUGUACGCCCCUGGUGGCAACCAGCAGGUGUACGACAAGGCCGGCGCUUUCCUCGGAAACGACGUCCUGUACUCCAGCACUGUCGUUGCCUCCAAGCGCUCUGAUGAUGGCGUCAAGGCCGUCGUUGCCACCUCCACGGGCCGCAAGCUCAUCAAGGCCAAGAAGCUCCUGAUCACCAUCCCUCCUACCAUCCAGAACCUCGCGCCCUUCGACCUCGACGACUCUGAGACUUCCGUCUUCAACCAGUGGGAGAAUGUCCCCUACUACGUUGGUGUCGUCUCUGACUCCGGUCUUCCUGACCUAACCAACUUCCUCAACGUCGAUAUUACCGCCCCUGAUGCCCUCCCCUCCAAGCCUUUCGUCUGGCGCCUGGAGACCGUCGGCGUUCCCGGCUACCAGACCGUCAAGGUCAUCGGUGAGGCUGACUCUACCAAGGCCCAGGGCUUGGUCACCGAUGCCGUUCGUAAGGUCGGAGCCUCUUCCAACAGCACCUCUGCGACUGGCGGCGAGUUUGCCGCUUGGGAGGAGCACUCCAACCUCCAGCUUCACGUUUCUACGGAGGCUGUCAAGGCCGGUUUCUACCGCGACUUGUACGCUCUUCAGGGAAAGAGAAGCACAUACUACACCGGCAACGCUUGGUGCUCUGACUACUCUCCUCUGCUUUGGCAGUUCACUGAGAAGAGAAUUCUCCCCUCCCUGUAA